AUAUGAAUGCUAUCAAAAAUUUUGAAAUCGAAUUAAGUUAUAAUUAUUUUAGAGAAUUUUGAAAAAGAAAAAAAAUGAUUAGAAUAAGUAAGUAAAUAUGAAAUUUACAGAAAAAGCUCUAUGUGAUAAUUUUUAAUUAUUCUAAAUAAAUUACCCUAUCAGAUUAAAAUACUCUCUACAAUUACACAGUAUCAAAAAAAAAAAAAAAAAAGCAACCCAAUAAAUUAGGCCAUUUCUCCGUCAUGAUUUCACCAAAAAUACACGCAGAGACCACUCCCAUCGUUUCUAUAUACAACCAAACACCGAGCUUUCCUCUUCCUACUCACUCCCUUUCUCCCACCGCUGCUGUACCUUCCCCAAACCUUCCAGUUCAUUUUCUUUCUCCCUUUCUUCCAUUCCUUCCCUCUCUUUCUCUCUCUGUUUUGUGGAGUGAAGGGACAUAGAGUAAAGGAGGAGGAUAUGAUGGGGAAAUAUAUGAGGAAAGCCAAACUCUCCGGCGAGGUGGCGGUCAUGGAGGUCGCCGCCCACCAGCCCUCGCUCGGCGUCCGCACCCGCGCCCGGGCCCUCGCAGCCGGGCAGGACUCCUCCCUCGCCUACCUCGAGCUCCGCAGCCGCCGCCUCGAGAAGCCUCUGCCGCCGGCUCCGGCAUCCAAGACGAAGGCCCUACCCAAGGAUACCCCCGAUUCCAGCCGUAACCCUAGGCUUAGCUCACAGAAGGUGAGCCGUUCUCCGACGUCGAAUUCGGGGACGAGGAGGUGUUAUGAGAAGGGCGGGGGCGCGUCACCGGAUGUGGAGGUGUCGCUCGGGGAGAACGUUCUCGAGGCCGAAUCGAGAGAAAGGGAGACAACACCUUGCAGUUUGACAAGGGACUCGGAAACAAUGGCAACUCCAGGUUCUACGACAAGAUCUAGCAACUCAAUUGUUGGUAACCAGAGAAUGCAGAAUCUGGUGCUUCAGAACAUCCCUACCGGUCACGAAAUGGAAGAGUUUUUUGUGGGGCUAGAGAAACUCCAGCAGCAAGCGUUCAUAGAAAAGUACAACUUUGAUCCCGCGAAUGACAUCCCGCUCCCGGGCCGCUACGAAUGGGUAGAACUCGACUCCUAGAUAGGAAGAUGAUCAUGCGGACGCAGCUGCUUCUUUUGCUCCUCCGGUGAUCUCUGCCCAGAAUUUUCAGCGUCUGGUGGGGGGGGGUGCAACGCCGACGGUUUCUGCCGACGCAUUCUUUCAUGUUGUAAAAAUCCAGAGGUCCGAAAAAGAAGUUGAAGCUUAUUGUAACUGUUGACCAGACCGAUCCAGGGUUUGUAGGUUGGGAGGGGGGGGUGUGUCACUCAUCGUUGUGGCUUCAGUAGCUGAUCGGAUUCAGAUUGUUCUAGUAUGGAGUUCAGCAUGGCUGCAUCGGAUUCGGAUUGUUCUAGUAGUGCACAAGGGCUUUGUGAUGGAUGCUAAUGGUUUGGGCACCGGGACUUGAUGCCUCGUUGAGUUCAGGGUUUUGGAUUUAGUUGGUUUCAAGUGAAAUUUACAGGUAUUGCAUCCA